AGUCAGCGCAAACUCAGACAUAGAGAGCGUAUUCGCUCUAGAUAAGGAGCGGCGGUUUCCACCUAGCUCACUCUAACAACAGUCAGACUUCAGGACUGGCUCAGAAAACUUUUUAAGCCAUGCCUCUGCAGGUAAAGGCAGAAUCUGUGCUCGACAGCAGAGAUUACACACGGGUGGAGGUGGCAUCAAGUCUUAACAGAAGUGAAGACAUGGAGGAGAUGACAAAGAGGAAGACUGGAUAUGGGAUGAGCAGGGAAGAAAUAGAUGUACUAUCCAGUAUAAAGGAGGAGGAAGAGGAAGGCACGGAGAGACAGAGUAAGGUGAUGAAGAGGGAGGGUGGUGUGAGCGAUGAAGAGGACAAGGAACUGUGGAGUGAGAAGGGAAAAGAGAGGGAUGAACAGAUGGAGAGAGAUCAUACUGAUCACACCACCCAAACUGAAAGAGAGCUGAAGAAUGAAGAAAAUCAAGAUUGCAAGUAUUGGGAAGAGAAAGUCCUGCCACCUCAGGUCACUUCCUGUUUGCUCACUGACAGGUCACCUCCUUGUCCUGUGGAUAUUAACAGGGACCAGGGAGUGAGAUAUCCAUGUAGGCAGGAUGAACUCUCACCAAUUGUCCAAGAAAGGUCAUGGAGGCUGAAAGGACAGGUUGUGACAUGUAAGAGGGAGGUGAUGAGUUACUUGGACAACCCCCUGACAGAUGCAUCAGAGAAAGACAUCUGUGCUGAGCCCUUCCUGGGAUCCUCUGUCAUCUCCUCCAGGAAAGGAGACACAGGGGAGACUGGUGAGGUAUCAUCUCAUGUCUUUGCCUGCCCCCAGUGCCCAUUCGUUCACACAGAAAAAAUGAACCUACACCAGCACAUUGAGAAGGUUCACCCAGAGGAGUACAGCAGGAUUCUGGGAUCUGGAGGAAACAGAGCAGCGGACGCACUGCCUCCCAGCAGCACACAUGAGCACUCCACACCCACUAAGACACUCCCCAGCCUGACAGAGUCCCACAUAGGUACCCAGUGCUCCCAGUGUGGGAAGUGUUUUAGUCUUCAAUCUGAGCUGACUUCACAUCUGCAGACUCACACAGUGGACCAUACGUAUCACUGCUCCCAGUGUGGGAAGAGUUUCAAACGUUUAUCACAACUGAAAAGACACAAACGAACUCACAUAGGGGAGCGUCCAUUCCACUGCUCCCAGUGUGGGAAGAGCUUCAGGUGUGCCUCAUUACUCUCAAGACACCAGCGCACUCACACAGGGGAGCGCCCAUUCCAGUGCUCACAGUGUGGAAAGAGCUUCAGUCAGUCUAGCACUCUAACACAACACCAGCGAAUCCACACAGGAAAUCCAUUCCACUGCUCUGACUGUGGAAAGAGUUUCAGAUCUCCAUCAGAACUGAAAAUUCACAAGCGAACCCACACUGGAGAGCGCCCAUUCCACUGCUCCCAAUGUGGAAAGAGUUUCAGAUCCGCAUCACACCUGACAUUACAUCAGCGAUCUCAUACAGAGGAACGUCCGCAUGACUGCUCCCAGUGUGGGAAGAGUUUCAGGUCUGUGUCACACCUGACAACACACCAGCGAAUUCAUACAGGGGAGCGCCCAUACCACUGCUCCCAGUGUGGAAAAAAUUUCAUAUCUGCAUCACACCUGACGACACACCAGCGAACUCACACAGGGGAGCGGCCAUUUCACUGUUCCACAUGUGGAAAGAGCUUCAGAUCAACAUCACACCUGACAACACACAAGCAAACUCACAUAGCAGAGUGCCCCCACCAGUGCUCCCAGUGUGGGAAGAGCUUCACACAGUCAAGGACUCUGAUGCUACAUCAGCGAACUCACACAGGAGAGCGUCCAUACCACUGCUCGCAGUGUGAAAAAACAUUCAUAUCAGCAUCACAGCUGACAGCACACCAGCGAACCCACACAGGGGAACGCCCAUACCACUGCUCCCAGUGUGUGAAGAGUUUCAGAUCUGCAUCAAACCUGACAGCACACCUGCGAACUCAUACAGGAGAGCGCCCAUUCCACUGCUCCCAGUGUGGAAAGAGCUUCGCACAGUCGGGUACUCUGACACAACAUGAGUUAACUCAUGCAAGGAAGCCUCCAUUCGUCAGUACCCAGAGUGGGAAGAGUGUCAGUCAGUUCAAUCUAAUUUAACACAACACCAGCAAACUCAAAAAGGGGAGUUCCCAUUCCAAUGCUCCCAGAAUGGGAGGUUCUUCCUU